CUUCCCAGCAUGCUCUGCGAAGACGCCAAAGAUGGCUUCCGUAGCGUCGGCUUGCUGGCUGAGGCUCCGCUGCGGGCUUUGCCUACCGCUAAUGGGUCGGCAGGCAGGUCUCUGUGGAGGCGCCCUCAGUAGCAGAUUUUAUUCUGAAAGUGCAGUCCUGCCAAAGGUUGAAGGAGCUGAUGUAACAGGGACUGAAGAGGUGGUUAUUCCAAAAAAGAAAACUUGGGACAAAGUGGCCGUUCUCCAGGCGCUAGCGUCCACAGUCCACCGGGAUACCACAGCUGCCCCGUAUGCAUUUCAAGAUGAUCCUUACCUUAUGCCGGCAUCCUCCAUGGAAUCUAAUUCAUUUUUAUUGGCAAAGAAGUCCGGGGAGAACGCUGCGAAGUUUGUUAUUAAUUCAUACCCCAAGUAUUUUCAGAAGGAUAUAGCUGAACCUCAUAUACCGUGCUUAAUGCCUGAGUACUUUGAACCUCAGAUUGAAGCUAUAAGUGAGGCUGCUCUGCAGGAACGAAUUAAGCUCAAAAAGGUCAAAGCUUCUGUGGACAUGUUUGAUCAGCUCUUGCAAGCAGGUAGAGAAGUCACACAGCUGUUCUUCCCUAGCUUCUGUUUCUUAACCUCAGGAACCACUGUAUCUCUGGAAACAACUAACCGUCUGUUGGAUUUAUUAUGCUACUAUGGUAACCAAGAGCCCCCAGCUAAUUAUAAUUUUCAACAACAGGAACAAUCCGAAGAGUUGGAAGAGGCCACCGUGGGAAACAGUGAGAAAUCUAAGAGGAAGACCAGUAGUUGGAGAGCAAACAACAAUGCUGAGAGAAUCUUUGCUCUAAUGCCAGAGAAAAAUGCACAUUCCUACUGCACAAUGAUCCGAGGAAUGGUGAAGCACCGAGCUCCUACGCAGGCAUUGAACUUGUACACUGAGUUAUUGAACAACAGACUGCGUGCUGAUGUACACACCUUCAAUUCAUUGAUUGAAGCAACAGCAUUGGUGGCGAAUGAGAAAUUUGAAGAAAAAUGGAAUAAUAUAUUGGACCUGCUGAAACAAAUGGUUGCACAGAAUGUGAAACCCAAUCUACAGACUUUUAAUACUAUUCUGAAGUGUCUCCGAAGGUUUUAUGCAUUUGGGAAGGUGCCAGCCCUACAGACCUUACGGGAAAUGAACGCCAUCGGAAUAGAGCCUUCGCUUGCCACGUAUCACUAUGUUAUUCAGCUGUUUUAUCAACAUGAAAGCCCUGCGAGAGGGUCAUCCCGCAUAAUCUAUGACAUCAUGGACCAGCUAGCGGGGAAGAGAUUUUCUCCAGAGGACCCAGAUGACGAUAUGUUCUUUCAGUCGGCCAUGAGGGUGUGCUCAUCUCUCAGAGAUCUGGAGCUUGCUUACCAAGUACAUGACCUUUUAAACACCGGAGACAACCGGAAAUUCAUUGGAUCCGAUCAUCGGCGUAACUUCUAUUAUUCCAAGUUUUUUAAUUUGCUUUGUCUAAUGGAACAAAUUGAUGUCACCAUGAAGUGGUAUAAAGACCUGAUCCCUUCAGUCUUCUUUCCCCAUUCCCAAACACUGAUAGACCUUCUCCAAGCAUUAGACGUGGCCAACCGGCUGGAGGUGAUCCCUCAGAUUUGGAAAGAUAGUAAAGAAUAUGGUCACACUUUUCGAAAUGAGCUGAAAGAAGAGAUUCUGAUGCUCAUGGCAAGGGAUCGUCAUCCACCGGAGCUGCAGGUGGCGUUUGCUGACUGUGCUGCAGAUAUCAAAUCGACUUACGAAAUCCAGGAUGCCAGACAGACCGCUCCCGAGUGGCCAGUCAACUGCCUGAACUGUAUCGCUGUCCUGCUUCUAAGGGCCGGGAGAACCCAGGAGGCCUGGAAAAUGCUGGGCCUUUUCAGGAAACAUAAUAAGAUCCCUAGGAAUGAGUUGCUGAAUGAGUUCAUGGACAGUGCCACAGCGUCCCGCAGCCCUGAGCAGGCCAUGGAGGUCGUGAAGCUGGCGGGCGCCUUCAGCUUACCUAUUUGUGAAGACCUCACCCAGAGAGUAAAGGCCGAGCUCACACCCAGCCAGGAACAAAAGGAAGUCUUGGGAGACCAGACUGCGUUGACCAGCGACAGCGGCAGUGAUGGCAGCAGUGACAGCGACAGUGACAGCAGUGAAGGCAAAUAGAAGUGGCCUGGCCCAGCCGCCGAGGUUACACUUCAGAGCUGGGAUGUUAACGUUUAACCCUGUCAGGAAAGCAGAACGCGUAUCACUCAUCCAGCACGGACUGACUUAGGUUCAAUGCUUUUUAAACCAAACCGCCCCUGAAGCGCGAGUCACCCCCUGGGCCCCCGCCGUGAGGGCCGUCGCUGCUCGUUCCUUCAGCGCCGCGCACCUGCGGCGUUUGUCCGCUCACGUCAGUAGGGGGGUCGGCGGUAGCCUAACUUCAGGGAUGGUUAGCUGUGAAAAGUUGUGCGCCUUAGAGCUGAUCAGACAGCAGUGGCAGUUCAGGCUGCGGAGCUGGGAGAGCGAAGACUAAAUAAAUGCUGUGACUAAGG